CUAGCGCAAUUACAGAUCUAUUCAUGAGUGCUAUAGUUAUUCUAUAGAACAUCUUAAGGUUCGCCAAUAUAAAUUACACGUAUGGGUUAAAUUCGUCCAGAUUAUCGUCCAAGAUGAACUCUAAAUUGUCGAUCCCACCUAUGUCAUGAAUUAAAGCCUGCGUUGUGCUUAGUUUCGCAAGCGAACAUUUUCAACGUCCGUUUUACUCAGGCCUGCAACCUAUUGGUGAAACUAGCGAUUCUACUGUAUUUACGUACCUGUUCAAAGUGAAGAUCCACCUCGUACAAGCCUCUUCUUCAGUGAUGGAAUCGUCCGCACCGCGCCUUCGUUCGCCAAAAUGCGCUCGUUGUCGCAAUCAUGGAGUUGUUUCGUCUUUAAAAGGCCAUAAAAAACUGUGCAGAUGGCGAGACUGUCCGUGCGCGAAUUGUCUACUGGUCGUUGAGAGACAAAGGGUCAUGGCUGCUCAAGUGGCACUUCGAAGGCAACAACAAGCUGCCGAAAAUGCUGCACGUGCCAUAAAACGUUUGGCUGAAGAUUCUCCGGAAGAAACCGACAGUUGCAGAAUUACCCCAACCCCAACCACAGCACAUGGGAGAGAUGAAACGCCCAGCCCAGGCCACACCAACAACCCAUUUCGAUACAGUCCUCUAGAUCUCUCUAACCCAGCUGACAUAACUGCGCCGACAAAUAUGGCCGCUUUCCCUCUUCUGUGUUCUGGCAUGCUUUCGCCCUGCCCAUCUCCUCAUGGUCAUUCAGUGCAGCAACUUGCCCAAUCACCAGAUUUGCCCCUUCUGUCGGGAGGUCUCCUCCGAGUGCCAUUUUUAACGCCUGAACAGCAAAUCAACCUCGUCCUCUUAACUCAAGCAGCAAUACGACAACAGCAACAGCACAAACAAAGAUCUCAGGACGAUAAGGACGCAGGAGGUAAUUCGUUCUCCAUUGAAUCGCUACUGACUCGUAGCUAAUUAGCCUUAAGAAACUAGCGACAUGUACAACUCGAAAGAAACGGAGAGAUUUCUACAGAAAGUAUUCUAUUUCCCAUGAAGCGAUAUUUUAAAUAAGCGUAAACUUAGAACAAGUUCGGGGUUUAGCCACACAUUCGAAAAUCCAUCUUUUUUUUUUUUUUUGUUUCUGUUAGUAAAAUCCUCAAGUAUAAACAAAUCUGGAACGGAGUAUAGUUGUAUAUAAGUAGUUCAGCAAGUAAUAGAAAGGUCUAACAAAGUUAGCGAGUGUCCCGAGAGAACUUUGUGUGCCAUACUACAAGUUAAAAUUAUUUGCAUUAUGGACUAGCAUGUCGCCGCAGUGAGCACAAUCUCACUGUGGAUAUUUAAGGUAAAAUGUUUUUCUAAAUCGCUAACGACUUAGAGAUGUAUGUACAAGUAUGUGCGUAAUCGUUUAGACGCCCGUAAGUUAUUAAGUUUGGCACAAUGGUUAAUAACAAGAAUGCACUGCAUUAUUCGGGAAUUUGUACAGAGUAUAUAUAGGUACACGUAUAAUCGCUUAAGUGAAUUUUUUCAAGAAAUUCAUCUUCGAAGAGGUGUUCGCAUUUUGUACGAUGCAAAAUAGCUGAACUCACCGAAAAAUGUUAGAGCGAGGUGUCCGAAGAGAAGGGCACGUGAGCCAAUGAGGUACAUUUUGAAUCGCCUAUAGAGUGCCAAAUUAGAUGUAAGCAUAUUUACGUAAUCGAGAAUUGGAGGUAAGUUUCUCAUUUAGAAAGCCGCCGACACAGUCCUCACUUUUCAACUAGUCAAUGCCUACCUUGACCUAUGUCUGUUCCGUAAGUAAUAACAUAGAAGCAAUAUCUUUUUUGUUUGUAUAAUUGAACACUUUGCAACAUUUUGAUGAACAUUAUGUUUUCCUAUUUCUAUAUAGAUUACCUAAAUAAAUAUUAGAGAAGGUACAUUGUAACCAAUCGAUUUAGUGUUACAUCACUAAAAGCAUG